AUGCAGGGUGGGGAGAUUCAGCACCUUUGGGUCGGUACCAGGUACCAUAUUCAAAUCACUGUACUGGUCAGACUAGUGGCUGCAUCAUGUAGGAGGUCAGUGUGUUUGGAGGAGCCCCUGCAGUCUACAGGAGGGGUGGGGGGCUGGAGGAGCCCCUGCAGUCUACAGGAGGGCUGGAGGGGGGCUGCAGGAGCCUCUGCAGUCUACAGGAGGGGUGGGGGGCUGGAGGAGCCCCUGCAGUCUACAGGAGGGCUGGGGGGCUGGAGGAGCCCCUGCAGUCUACAGGAGGGCUGGGGGGGGGGGCUGCAGGAGCCUCUGCAGUCUACAGGAGGGCUGGGGGUCAGUGUGUUUGGAGGAGCCUCUGCAGUCUACAGGAGGGGGGGGCUGGAGGAGCCUCUGCAGUCUACAGGAGGAGGGCUGGAGGAGCCUCUGCAGUCUACAGGAGGGCUGGGGUCAGUGUGUUUGGAGGAGCCUCUGCAGUCUACAGGAGGGCUGGGGGGCUGCAGGAGCCUCUGCAGUCUACAGGAGGGCUGGGGGUCAGUGUGUUUGGAGGAGCCUCUGCAGUCUACAGGAGGGCUGGGGGGGGCUGGAGGAGCCUCUGCAGUCUACAGGAGGGCUGGGGUCAGUGUGUUUGGAGGAGCCUCUGCAGUCUACAGGAGGGGGUCAGAAUGUUUGGAGGAGCCUCUGCAGUCUACAGGAGGGGUGGCUGCAGGAGCCUCUGCAGUCUACAGGAGGGCUGGGGGGGCUGCAGGAGCCUCUGCAGUCUACAGGAGGGAUGGGGGGUCAGUGUGUUUUUGGAGGAGCCUCUGCAGUCUACAGGAGGGCUGGGGGGCGCUGAGGAGCCUCUGCAGUCUACAGGAGGGAUGGGGGGGUCAGUGUGUUUGGAGGAGCCUCUGCAGUCUACAGGAGGGCUGGGGGGGGCUGCAGGAGCCUCUGCAGUCUACAGGAGGGCUGGGGUCAGUGUGUUUGGAGGAGCCUCUGCAGUCUACAGGAGGGCUGGGGGCUGGAGGAGCCUCUGCAGUCUACAGGAGGGGGGUCAGUGUGUUUGGAGGAGCCUCUGCAGUCUACAGGAGGGGGUCAGUGUGUUUGGAGGAGCCUCUGCAGUCUACAGGAGGGGGUCAGUGUGUUUGCAGGAGCCUCUGCAGUCUACAGGAGGGCUGGGAGGGGGGGGCUGGAGGAGCCUCUGCAGUCCACAGGAGGGGGUCAGUGUGUUUGGAGGAGCCUCUGCAGUCUACAGGAGGGGGGGGGUGUGACUAA